AUGGCAUUCUCGUUUGUUAUCGAUGACUAUAUAAACAAGUAUAUUCCAAAAAACCAAGUUCACAAAUUACCAAAAGCAAUAUCGUUUUUCUUAGGAUAUCAUGAUCCUCCGCAUCCACGAGUGGUGCCAUUACCGGAUCAUGUUCUAUGGCUAGAGAUUCUCAUUGGUUCAUUCAGUGGUCUUUCUUUGAUAAUGGGUGUUUUUAUCAAUCCAAAUGUAUUUACAGACCAUCAUCACGCGCCGAUGUUAGUUGCAUCAUAUGCUGCCUCGGCUAUCCUAUGUUUCAAUACAAACCAAGUGCCGCUAGCUCAACCUAGAAAUGUGUUUUUUGGCCAUUUUAUAAGCUCAUUGGUUGGUGUAUGUAUAUCAAAACUAUUUGGAUUAAGCGAACGAGGACGGGAGAAUUAUUGGGCUGGGGGCGCAUUAAGUGUUGCUAUAAGUUCAGUACUUAUGACAAUAUGUAAUUGUGUUCAUCCACCCGCGGGUGCAAGUGCUGCUUUGCCCUGUGUAGACCUACAAAUUCGUCGCAUGUCAUGGUGGUACCUUCCUGUUCAAGUUGUAGACUCAUUGUUGAUCCUUUCCGUUGCUUUAGUUACCGGGAAUGUCAUUAGGAGUUAUCCCGUUUAUUGGUGGAGUCCCGGUCACAAGAGCUCAAUAACUCCGCCACCUGCAGGUGAAGAAGAAGAAGAAGAGAAGAGAAGCUCGGCGCAAGAAAGUGAGAUAGAUCGGGUGCCGCUGGAUAUGAUUACGAUUAGUAUAGGCUCGAUUAUUGUACCAGAAAGAUUGUAUUUAGAUGAGACUCAACAAGAUUUGUUGAAGAUGUUUCAAUCAAAACUUAUUGAAAAUGCAGAGAGAGAGCAACAAGAGUAG